AUGGAGGCUGAUGAGAGUUUAAAACAACAAUUUAAACUUCUACAAGAACAACAACAACAGAAAUUAUUACGACGUAAACAAAUGAAAGAAGAAAAAGAGAAUUUAUCCAAUAAUUCAGUAGAAAAGAAAACAUUUGGUGUUGAUGAUAAUUUAGAUUUAAAGUUAGAAAGAAGUACAGGAGUAGGAUAUUUAUCAGAAGAAUUAGUUGAACAUCUUAAUAAUGAAAUUAGAGAACUAAAAGAUGAAAAUGGCCGAUGUUAUAAAUUAUUAAGUGAAAGAGAAUUUGAAAUCAAACAGUUAAAAAAGAAGAAGAAUGAAGAAAAGAAUGCUCUUUCAGGUAUGCAAGUCACUAAUGAAACAGCUGGUACUAAAAUAGUAGAAUUAUCCAAGAAAGUUCGUGAAUUGACUGCUGAACUAGAAUCAGAGAAAACUCGAUCAAAACAAAUUAACAAGAAAUGUCAUGACCUUCAAAUGCAGAUGUCGUCUGUACCAGAUGACACGUCUAGAUCUAGUCUAGGGUCAGCUGUUAGUCAACGUUCUGUUUAUUAUACAGAUAAUGACAAGGAACAACUAGAAGUAGAUAUAAAAGCACUACAAGACAAAUUAAAACACACUGAAAACAAAGUUGCAGAAUUCCGAAAUCAGUCCACACAAUAUAAACAAGAAUUAAAACUUGCUCAUAAGGCAUUAAGUCAAGAGGUAGGAGAAAACGUCAAUAUACAGAUUUUACUGUCUGGUCAGUCUAACUGGAGGGGUCGUGCUCAACAAAUACUCUUACUACAGAAAAAGGUUGAAGAAUUAAAGAAUCAAGUUGAUACAACACCUAAAAAAUUACGUGAUCUCGAUGAAGAUGAUUUAGAAAAUGAAUUCAUGGGUCGAACAUCAUCAAAGAAACGAAACCAAGAUGAAAAAUAUAAAGAAGAGUUAAAAAAAUACGAGAAAGAAAAGAAAGAAGCUUAUGAAAAAAUGGCGAAUGAAUUUAAAGCUCUUGAAAAUGAUCAUUCUACAGUGAAAUCUAAAUUUGAAGCAGCAAAAGCGAGAAAUAAAGUACUAAGCAAUGAGAAUAAAUCAAUCAAACAACAAAUGACAACUUUAUUAGAGAAGGGAAAAAAUGAUGAUGAACUGAUACAAGCUUUAAUGAAACAACAAGCCCAGUUAAAAGACAUGUUGGAUCAAACAACUUCUCAACAACGUCAGAACAAUUUAAACCAAGUUGAUAAACUGAAAGAAAUGGCCGUCAAGUCACAACAAGAGUCUAAUAUAGUUGAACAGUUAAAAUGUAUCAUAUCAGAGAGAGAAUUAAUGGUUCAUAGAUUAGAGGAAGAGAUUAAUCAAUUAAAAAUACAGCAUUUACAGAAACUACAGAGUGAGAAUCAGUAUUUAGAGAAACCAGUUCUAGGAAGGUCAAUAUCAAGACAAACAACUGAUCCUAUGGUACUAAAAUCAGUUUCACCUCCAUCUUCCAGACACGGUGAAAGACCACCUAGUGGUAGAAUAGACAGUGGUAGAAAUUCUUCCAGAACAUCUUUAGUUAGACCUCAAUCUUCUAGUAAUAAUACAGUACAGAAUCAACAAGUAGCAGAACUAGAAUAUCAGUGUCAGGAAUAUAAAAUAUUAUUACAAACAUCAGAGGUAGAGAGAGAACGUCUCACUGAAUUAUUACAGAUUUUACAGAAGAGAGUUGACGAGAAUAUAGUAAAACUUAACGAGAGUCAGAAUGAGCUGAUAAAUCAGAGACGUAACAAUGCUUUAUUAGAGAAACAAGUAGCUAAAUACAAGGUGGAACAGGCUAAACAAAAUAAAGGCAAUACAACUGGCCGAAAGAAAGGACCUGUUAAUCAAGGCUUGUCUAGAUUAACCAAUGAUACUAGUUAUAAUGAAGAGGAUCAUAUUGAAUCUCUUGAUGAACUGCAGACAUGUUUAGAGAUACAGAAAGAUGAAAAUGAAGCGUUGAAAUCAGCUCUACAGAGUACACUGAACGCUAAACAAGAAGAUUUACGUAUUUAUUCACAAACUAUGGAUGAAACUAAGAAAGUUUUCCUUCAAGCUUUAAGACAAUUUAAACAAAGUGCUGGAACUUGA